UAUUUUUCAAGUGGAUCUGUCAUGCAUCUAUUUUUUCCCAAUUUUGCGAAUAUUUGGGACUCCGUAAGGAGAUUUUCUUUGACGGAGAGGUCUUCAGCCUUUGACGCGGGGUCACUUGACCAGGAACCUAAUAUUUCUGACCCGCCGCGUGCUCUCGGCGCUAUUUAUCUUUCUGGUAUCUUGGCCUCUCCUGUGGAAGAAUGUUUUGACAUCAUUAAAUCCUGGAAUUUUGUAACAAGGUAGUAAUACUGUGUAACUGGCUAAGCCUUGUUGGCCCCUUCCUCCCAGGUUUUCCCAAAAGCAUCUCGGCCUGCGCAAGGCCUCGUGUCGCUUCGCUGUUGGUGGUGAAACAAACAGUCCGCAAAGUGCGUAAGGAUCGAUCUUUGGUUUCAUUCUGCAAUAUCGCCGCGCGUUUCCAGCCUACCCGGGACACGAUGGAUUCACAGAAAAAACAGGUUUACCAUCCGGACAAGGCGUUUCGUGAACGAUGGGAAGCAAUGCUUCGUCGUUACCAAACCGCCAUAUGCGACGCUCUCGCGUCUGUCGAUGGAGGCUCGUUCUGCGAAGACAUGUGGACCCGCGGGAGAUCCGGAGGUGGUGGCUGCAGCCGAGUUCUCCAGGAUUCCACCGUUCUGGAGAAGGGAGGGGUGAAUGUAUCAGCCGUGCAUGGGACCCUUCCCCCAGACGCUGUGACAAAAAUGACAUGCCAUGGCCACCACGAUCUUCCGGCAGCCGACGGUGAGGGGUUGCAGUUCUACGCCGCCGGCCUGUCGAUGGUCAUCCAUCCCAGGAAUCCCAUGGCACCCACAGUUCACUUGAACUACCGGUUUUUCCAGAUCUUUCGAAGAGCGCCCUCAGAGCGCAGCGGCACCGACGAAUGUGGAGGGGAAGAAGCUACAGCGGGGGAGUCACUCCUCUGGUGGUUCGGAGGUGGAGCAGAUCUUUCCCCCUCUUACGUCUUCGAGGAGGACUGUGUGUUCUUCCACGAGAAGCUGCGUGAGCAAUGUGAUCGGUGUGACCCUUUGUACUAUGCACGGUUCAAAAGGUGGUGUGAUGCGUACUUUCGCAACCACCAUCGAAAUGAAGGCCGAGGAAUUGGGGGCAUUUUCUUCGAUGACCUAAAUGAAAACAUGACGGUGUCGCCAGAAAAGUUUUUUGCGUUCGCAGAAGAUGGCUUGCAGACAUUCAUCGACGCGUACAUUCCGAUCCUAAUAAAACGCAAAGACCAGCCCUUUACUGAAAGCCAAAAGAUAUGGCAACAGAUCCGGAGGGGGCGCUACGUGGAAUUUAACCUGGUCCACGAUCGGGGAACCAAGUUCGGAUUUCAGGUGCCCGGAUCUCGUAUUGAGUCCAUUCUGAUUUCUCUUCCUCUUACGGCGAGGUGGGAGUACCAGUUUAAAAUUGAGAAAGGGUCGAAAGAGGAGGAGGCACAGCGAGUGUUUGUGGAACCCCGCGAUUGGCUACCGAUUGACAACGCUCAUCUCGAAGGCUUUAGCUGGCCUACAGAGACCGGUGCCAGGCGCUGUUGAAACGCCUACCUUCCCCGAGUAGAUGUACUGAACUGUCACUUCCACAGUCUGUCCUCUGGUAUGAUAACUUAGUGCUUGCACGGGAAAGCAUUUAUUUCCGCACUGUUAUUUUUGUGUUGCUUGGAAGGGGAUCCUGGCGGCUGCGACGACAGUGCGUGAAUCGUCUGACGGACUUGCUGGCAGGAAUCAGUGGUCCACUCUUUGGUUCAUUUUUUUAGUAUUUUGUACAGUUUUGUUGUGAGGUCCAAAUUUUGGCUUGUGGAGGCAGCUUUUACUUCAUAGUCGGUCGUCGGGUCUAAAGAACCUGUUCACAUUCUUGUCUCCAGUCAACCCAAUGGGUGUCUGAAUGUUUAUGCGUGCCGCACACGCAGGCACGCUCUAACAUUCAACACCAGAUCUUGGCGCUUUCCCCCUUGUUUAAAGAAACGCGUUUUUUCGGUAGCUCUCUAUUGUGCUGUACAGCAGCGACCGACCAGGAUGACGCAAAGGUUCGUUUUGCCUUUUGCCGCAAUUUUUAAUGUUCUCGAACUCGAAAUAAUGCUCCACCGUGGAUGACCACCACAACACCUUUUCAGUCUCAAGCGUUGGCUGUGAUGGAAGCCACCUGCCUUUUUGACUGGACAACUGAUCAGGAGGGUCUGAGAGUCCACAGACUACUUCAUGGAGUUGAGGAUGUUCAUGUACGACUCUCCGAUGUGUGCGUACUGGUUACCUGUGAACAGAUAAAACUACUAUCGCGCGUGGAAAACCACACGCGGAGAUGCCAUUUCUACGUCGUGACAGGUAAUUAGCCAUAACGUAGCGAAUCCGAUUUUAGAAUGUGCAGCAGGGAGUCUA